UGGAGACUGAGAGGGCUGAGUGAGCGAGAGAGGGUGGGAAGUUUAGGGAGUGUACACAGAGACAUACAGCAGAGUGAGGCGGACUGGGGAGAGGAGUGUGUGUCGGCUCGGAACCGAGACAUUGAAUAUCAAAAUGACAUAAUAAAACUAUAAGAAAACCAAGGGAGAAACUGAGGAAUGGCAUGGGGAGUUCUAUUUUUAGGAGAAGGAGACUGGGCAGAGUCUGAGGAAGGAAGAAGAAAAUAAAAGGGAGGGGAGACGGGGGGAGAGAAAGGAAACCAUUGCUGUUUUACACACUGGUGGUGAAGUUGAGCCCUUCACAAGAAUUCUCCUGGCUAUGUCCGCCAUCUGGAAUGUCGAGUCACUUCCUCUGUCUGUGCUGCGCUCGUACGGGGUUGUCCUCUGCACCCACCCUCCCUCUGUGCUCUGACAGCGCUCUGAAGAAACGCUGGAGAUCCCACAAGUGUGGACAGGACACUUCUGACAAGGAACAAACACCUGGGGAGGAAAACAAGAUUCUCGGAUUAACCCCGAGACCCACCAGGAACCGUCUGAAUGGAAUCUGGGCCUGGAAGAACCAAAGACAACUGCAGUCAUCAGCUGAACUCCUCUCAGAGGGUGUUCCUUUUCCCUUAUAUGGCAACAGAGCUGAGAAAUCAUUUGAAUUAGUCUGCUUUCUGUUGCAUGCCUGUCUGGUUUUAGUGCUGACUGAGUUCCAUCUCGUAUGUUUCUGUCUGUGCCGUACGUGUGUGGGUGUCCUGUGUGUGUGCAGCUCCGUUUGUUUGUUUUGCCUUCUUGCUCUUUCUCUGCCUGUUGUCUGCAUGUGGGGCUUUUGUUUUGGGACAAGAGGAGGGCUUGUGUUUGUGGUUGAUCUAGAUGCACCGUCACCGCCUCAGGCUUGGAUACUUCAUUCAAACUCCGCAGCUAGUGCUGGUUUCAAACCGCUGUGAUGGUCUGUGUUUGUUGGAGAAACACAGCAACCAGGGCGCAGCAAUUAGCAACCGAAAGCUGAGAAGAGUCUGUAUGAUCAGAAAUCUAGACUGGAGCGGGGAGUUGUCACCGAGCACGCCAUCACCUGGAUGCUUUUUACUUCCUGUAUGUCACAGGAUGUGUGAUCCUAAAGGAACUAUGAGGACACAUGGAACUGACCUGGGAUUCUCUGUUCCUCUUUGAAGAUGACGAUGGGAAACAUAAACACCUAAGUUACCGCUCAGCACUUUCUGUUGCUGACGACUUGACGGAGCAUCUUCCUGCUUGAGACACAGUGUUAUGUCAGGUUCAUCGUCUGAUGUGGACGACCUUUACCAACCCACCUCUGACCUUUGAUUGUCAUGGCUACGGCGGCAUGGUAUCAUCGUGACAUCAGCCGUGUGCACGCUGAGGACUUGCUGGCACGAGCAGGGAGGGAUGGCAGCUACCUAGUGAGAGACAGUGAGUCUGUGCCAGGAGCCUACGCACUGUGCCUACUGUUCCAAUGUCACGUUCACACCUAUCGUAUUCUUCCUGAUGCCGACGGCCUCCUGGCAGUGCAGACAACACAGGGUGUGCAGGUGAACUGUUUCCGGACUCUGGAUGACUUGGUGUUGGGGUACCAGGAUCCACACAAAGGCCUGGUCACCCCUCUGCUCUACCCUGUUCCUCGAGAUGUAGAGCCGGGAGAUGAGAGCUCAGAUGAUGAGAAGCCUCCUGUGGUCUCACCCUCUAUCAACACAGCGCUUUCAUCAGGACCAGCAGCUAAACCAGGAGCUCCUGCACCUCUGGUUGAUAAAUUACAGGAGUUCAGUCAUGGUGGUGACGUGAUGAGUCUGCUCAAUGACUACCUCUUCAAUGAGCUGCCUCUGGACAUUGAGAACGUACAUAAAGGAGCCACAAAUCUGUGCCACCUCAAGCGUACUUUGGGUACUGCAUGCCAGGGUCUGAACAGUGAGAUCGACCUGACUCUGUCAAGCUUAGAAACCUUGGCCAAGGUCUUCGAUCAUCCGAGCUGCUCUUUAACACAGAACAAAGCACAGGGUCCAGAUGUGGAGAUGGACACUCUGUUGUGUAAGAUUACAGCACUGGUCAGCCUUCUUUCAUCCCUUGAGAAGAAGGUGUUGAAAGCUCUACAGGAUGCAGUGACCAAUCACAACCUGGCAGCUCAGCCCAGUGCUGCAGCUCCACCUGAGCCAACAGUCACAAACAAACAUGCUGUAAAGAGGACAGAUGCCAGACAAGUACCAGUCCACACAUUUCAGGUGAAGAUGGUGAGGUACGGCAGACAGAAUGUUUCUGUAGAUGUAAACACAGGGACGCUCAUUUUUGACAAAAAUACCGGUCCCUUUGGGAAGGAAAAGGUUUCACACGACAGAAUCCUCCAGGUUGUCAAGUUUCAGAGCAGUCCGGCCAAGGUACGCAUUGUGGUGGACAGUCACCACAACACCCCGCGGGAGAUGACGUUUGAAAGCGCACGGAAAUGCGACUCUUUCUGCCAACUCCUCCUGAUGAUGAGAGGUCACCACUCUCAGCUGAGGGAACCCGACAUGCUCUCCGUGUUUGUUGGCACCUGGAACAUGGGUGGCUCCCCUCCUCCACGCAGCCUGCAGACCUGGGUGACCUGCUGUGGGCUGGGAAACACCCCUGAUGAGUCAGUCUCCCUCCUUCCACAUGACAUCUAUGCCUUUGGGACUCAAGAAAACCCUCAGGGCGAGAAGGAGUGGACGGAAAAUAUCAGAGAAACCCUGCGCAGCUAUACACACAUAGACUUUAAACAAGUGGCAGUGCAGUCCCUCUGGAACAUGAGGCUGGCUGUGUUUGUGAGUUCAGAGCACGAGAGUCGCGUCAGUCAUGUGAACACAGCCAGUGUGAAGACUGGCUUGGGAAACACGUUAGGGAACAAGGGCGCCAUUGGCGUCUCCUUCCUCUUUAAUGGAACGUCUUUUGGCUUCGUCAAUUGUCACCUGACCUCUGGAAGUGAGAAAGUCCUGAGGAGGAACCAGAACUUUGUGGACAUCCUUCGACUGCUCUCUUUAGGCGACAAACAUCUCGGUGCGUUUGACAUCAGCCUGCGCUUCACACAUCUGUUCUGGUGUGGAGACCUCAACUACAGACUGGACCUGGAUGUACAGGACAUCCUAAAACAUGUGUCCAAGAGGGAGUUUGAUCAGCUCAUGUGUGCAGAUCAGCUGACCCGAGAGAGACACAAGAGGAAGACCUUCCUCAACUUUAAGGAGGAAAAGAUCACCUUUCCACCCACGUAUCGAUACGAGCGUGGCUCCAGAGACUGUUAUCUUUGGCAGAAGUACAAGACGUCAGGGGUGCGGGUCAACGUUCCCUCCUGGUGUGACAGGAUCCUGUGGAAGUCCUAUCCUGAAACGCACAUGAGAUGCACGUCAUACGGAUGCACUGAUGACAUCUUUACCAGUGAUCACUCACCUGUUUUUGCCACCUUCCAAGUGGGAGUGACAUCAACAUCCUGCUUCAAACCAGAUUCAAAUCCAAGCAAAGAGAGGGCCUGGAUUGAGCUGGAAGGCAUCGAGGCCAUUGUGAAAACGUCAAGUAAAGCAAAGUUCUUCAUCGAGUUCUAUUCAACCUGCCUUGAAGAGACACGACGAUCAAGUGAGAAUGACUCCCAGGGCUGCGACGUUCCUGGUUUUCUCAAACUGGGCUGGUCCUUCAAACAACUGCCUAAGCUCCUUCCAGUCCAGUCUGACAUGGAGUACCUGCAGGAACAAUACCUGCUGCUGUCUGUCAAGUCAUGUGAUGGCUUUGAGUCAUACGGUGAAUGCUGUGUAGCUCUCCGCUCACUCACUCGUGCACCAGAGCAGUUUGAGACAUUUCUGAGUCACCGGGGUGAAGAAAUGGGCUCCAUAAGAGGAAGGGUCAGGGUCCACGUGCCCAAGGACAGGAGGGGAACGCGGGAGAAGGUUUAUGAGCUGGUGUGUUUUGAGAAAGAUGAUAAACGCCCUGGGAGAGGGCAGAUGUCUCCUGCGACUACACGGGCUCCAAUAAAUAGAUCCUCUCCACACCCACCAACUCUGACUCCGAGCAACUACACCAAUCCCGCCUACUUCCUCUUUGAAGGCGUGUCAGUGCCACGCAGGGUGGAGGAGGCGCUCCAGCAGAGGGACCCUCAGGUCAUCUGGUCUGGCAACGAGGCCUUGCAGCUCCCAAAAAUCUCAGGACGUCAGGGCUUUGACAGGGGACCCUGUCGAAGAUCAGACUUUACAGAGAUUGAGAUUCCCGCCGUCCCCCUUCAGUACAAACCCAAGAACGACCUGCAAACACCCCAAACCAACUCCUCCUAUCAACUCUUUCCUGCCAAAGACCCGUCUCCAAUAUCUCCACCCACUAGUAAAGUCAUCUCACAGUACCAGGAGCAGAUUUCACAACCCAGAGACAAUUACACCAGUAAAAAUACUGUUCAGGACUCAGUGCUGCCUGAGAAGAACCUGAGGAAUUUGUAUAUGAAUCAGUCGUCAGUCAUUCGAGAGAAAAACAGAAGAGAUCAACAUCAGCACGUCCCAGAGAGAACAAACAAAAUUAUCCCUGCGACCAAGGCUCCGUCUGUAUUCCCAUACACCCCCAAACACAUACCACACAUUCACACCUCUGUUCCCUGGGUGGUGGAUCAGCGCCCCCCCGCACCUACAGGAGACAACUCUCUAACUGCUCUGCAAAUCGCCAAAUCCUUGAGCGAGGUUGACUUCUUCCCCUCAGAACACAGAGUACCAGCCAUGAUCAACCAGAGGACAGGUUAUAGAAAUGGCCCUUCACUGUACUCUGAUCGAGGCUACAGCUGGGAGAAAAAGCAGGUGUCUGUCCUCCAGGGUGCACCAGAGACAGUACGGGAGCUUCUCACCACACUGGGUCUUCAGAAAUACACUCUGGGACUCAGUCUCAACGGCUGGGAUGAUCUGGAUUACUUCAGCGGCAUCACAGAGGAGGAUCUGCGGGCUGCAGGUGUGACGAACCCAUCACACAGACGCAGGAUCCUUGAGAAUCUGCCCAGGAACUGGAACUGAAGCAAAGCACAAACUGUGUUAGUACUUUUCACUUUGGACUAGAAGAACAGACAAAACUGAGAUGUUAAAAAGAAGACAGACGUCAAUCGCAGCAGCUGGACAUUUCCCACACCCGUCCUCUCCUCUGUCCAUCUUUUCAUUUACUCACCCAUUCAUGCUGUACUGAAUGGAUGAAGACUGUACUGUGUCUUUGAUAAGGCAGACAUUCCUUGUGUCUUUGUUUUGUUGGAUAUCUUACACUGAAAGUGAAAAUCUGAAAAUGAAAAUUUAGAAUCCAACAUUGUUUUGACACUAAAUCAGUGUCUCUGAUGGUUUCUGACUUUGAGCGACUUUGUGGGCGAAGAAAAAAAAAAAAGAAGACAAACGAGUAAAUGACUGCACCUGUUUUGGGACCACAUUUUACUAUAAGCACAGUAAAAGUCUUUCUCUGUGUCCCAGUGAAGGCCAGGGGAAAAUGGCACAUGAAAAAAAUGAAACUUUCUGGACAUUUUAGUUUUAAAACAAGAGCUGAAAUAUGAAUUUAUCUGAUUAAAUGUCUUGAAGAGAAACAGCACUUUGAACAGCUUAGCUACAGGAUUACUAUAUAUCCUGAAAUGUAAAGGCCGUAACAAAUAAAGUUUACCGCCCUAAUCAAUGCAAGUCUUUCAGAAAAGACCAACAUUGAACUUAAAAUACGUUUCAAAACAGUGGUGAUAAACAGAAAUUCUUCUGAUUUUAAUUUGUUGAAAUAGCAAAGUGUCUGAACUCUGCACAGUCGGAUUCUGAUUCAUUCUGCCGUCAUUCUUCACUGAUCCUCAGAGCUGUGCGAUAUGAAAGGAAAACCUUGUUGUCUUUUGUCCCUAACUGUUUGUUUUGGCAGCAAGGUCUCAUUGAUUUAUGUUAUAAAUGAUUUGUACAUGUCUGUUAAAAAAAAUAUAAUACUUCAGUUUACGGUGG